AUGCGAUUUAAAAAUUAUUUGAAAUUAUUAAACUUUUAUUGUUUUUUAAUUUUGAUAAUCAUUUUCGUUGCAAAUCUGUCGGUUAAUGCUGUUCAGCUUCAUUUAGGAAGAAACCAUGAUGGCUAUCAAAAAUUGGAAAAAGUGGAAGACAUAAUUGGAGAGUUAAAAGAGGAAGCAGAAGAAGCUGGAAAUUUGGAGAAAUUUACGAAAGAAUUACUUCCUGCUAUUGAAAUUCUAACUGAUAUUGGCAAAAUACCAAAGUAUAUUGCUGAAAUUAAAGAGAUAAAUAAAUUAGACGAGAAAAUCCCAACAUUCUUUAAAAAUAAAUUAAAUUUUGAAAUGUUUGUAGAUUAUUUCAAUCAACAAUACCUGAUGAUAAAAACCGAUUCAAAAAAGAAGUUUUCGAAGACAAUGAAGGAAAAGUUUGAGGUUCUGUUUAGAGAAAUUUUGAUUCUUUUUAGCCAAAAAUUAACCGCUUUUUGCCGCUUUUGA